AUGCUCAUGGUAAGCAUCGAUAUUGCAUACCCCAAGGAGCAGUUGCUGGCAAAUAACUGUGAUGUCGGAGUGGGAGCACUGAAGGCACUCCAACGACUCUUCAACGGCAACUGCCCACUGGACCUGCGCUGCGCGCUCCGAAGAGCCACGCGCGCAGCCAACGAGUCGCAAGGGCGAGCAGCCCGAGACUUUUGGAGACUGCUGAGCCAGGUGGAAGCGAUGGCGAAGAAACACUUCGCAAAGCUGCCGCUUGUGCUCUUGCAGGUGUCCUCCCAGAUCAAUCAACUCAGUGUGGUCACAAUGCAAGUGCAGCUUUGUGAAUGGCGGCAGUUUAUGGACCACCUCGCGAAGACGGGCGCCGCUGUGCUCAGCAACGGCUUGAUGGCUCCUGAGGACCAAGAUCAUGAGGAGGAGGGACCAGCUCCUGGAUCUGCACAGAAGUACCGCCGUGUCAUGGGCAAGCGUCAACAAACAACCGUCCCCCAAACGGACGCUAGGAUUAUCCGGGUUCGCAGCACUGGCCAGCGCAGCAAAAGUCCGCGUCGCAUGUCUUUGAGCGAUUCAGAGGACGACAGGCCACUUCUGGCUUUGGGGGAGGCAUCCAGGAUAGCCGCUAAGGCGAAGCAGGAAACUCCGCUACCAGCACUUGGGAUAUCCGAAGCUGCGUAUAUCCAACAGGAGCGUGCAUCGCUGCGGAAAGAGACACUCAGAAAAGAUCAGGCAGUGAAGCUGCUUCAGAAAGCCCAAAAAGAGGUGGACGCCGCAAAUGCGGUGCACCAGCUCUUGAUGGUGCAGGUCAGGGAAGCAAUGUGUCGAAGGAGCGCUUUCCAGGAGGCUUUGAACAAGGCAGAGCUGGAAGUGACGGAACACUGCGAGCUUAUUCAACAGUCGCAGUGGGAUCUCGACUGCUCGAGGGAGACCCUCACACAGCUGGGAGACAACUAUGCAUCGACUGACGUGCAGGGCCAUCUCCUCGACGCAACAAAGGCGUGUGCGGACAUGCCAGCCUUGGCAGAACGUCUCUCAGUGGCUUCAUCUGCACGGCAGGCCAGAAUGGAGGAUUUGUUCACUGCAGUGCACGAAGAAAUUGAAUCUUCGCAUGCCACCUUCGAACAGCUUCAAGAAAGACAUGUGGAGCUGACGAAGAAAAGUGACAUGGCAAUGUCAGAGCUGCGCAAAGCAAAGGAUGAGGUCAAUCAGAAGAUGAAGGCCCUCGACGCUGCAAAGCAGACCUGCAUUGAGGCAAGACAUGUUUUGGUACGACGACGUGUCGAAUGCCUGACGAUAGAAGCACAAGUCGUUCUCUUGCAGAAGCUGGUCGCAGGGUGA